AUGUUAUUGUUACAAAAUCCACUUUUAGACAUGUAUAUUUUAUUAAUAUCUAAUAAAAGCUUAGCAACUUUGUCUUAUAAACCACAAAUUAAUGACACAUUUGAAAGUCAUAUUGAAUUUGUUGAUAAAGUUAAAAACUAUACACGUAAUUGUGGUUUUACUAUUAGGCUUAGAAAAUCUAAAUAUUAUAAAAAAUCUGAAAAUAAAGAAUCAGAAAAAACUAUUCGAAAAAGAACAUUACUAUAUUCUCGAGCCAGUUUUGCUGAAUUGAAAGAAUAUAACUCUAAUAAUGAAAAAACUUCAAAAAAAGAACGAAAUCGAGUAUCUCAAUGCUGUAGCUGUUUUUUUUAUAUUCGUGCUUCUUUAAACAACUUAAAUAACUUGUGGCAAAUUAUUAAUAUGAACCUUACUCAUAAUCAUUUAAUGGUUGAAGAAAAUCAUAGAUUUUUUAUGUCAAAUGAACGAAAUAUUCCUGAUGAUAUCAAACAGCGAAUAGAAUUAUUAUGUCAAGCUAGUGUAGAUGUUCCAACUAUACAUGCAAUAUUAAAAGAAAAAGGAUCUGGUUUAGAAAAAAGAGAAUUAGAUGCUGAAGAGUUUGUAAAAAUAUUAAAUCAAUUUAAGUAUGAUGAUGCUGAAUUUUCUUAUUAUGUUGAUAUUAAUGAAGAUACCAAAAGAUUAGAGCGAGCGAUAUAG